AUGAAAGCUGAAGGCAGCACGAGUGCCAGCAAUCAAAAUAUGAAAAAGUCGUUCGAGCAGUUUCGAAAAGGAAAUUCAUUAUUCCAGGUUAUCAAAGGACCUCAGCAUCUGGAAUGCCAGAAGUUAUUUGUUCUUGACUCUUCAUUCAAUCCACCACACCUGGCCCAUUUCCAGUUACUAUCCCAAACUAUUAAAAAUUUCAAAUUGAGGGACACCCGUUCCCAUGUCUUAUUACUUUUAGCGGUGAACAAUGCAGACAAAUUACCUAAGCCUGCAUCAUUUCCAACUCGUUUGGAAAUGAUGUGCUUAUUUGCUGACUACCUUCAGGAGAAGCUCCCUCAAUCUGUGGUAUCUGUCGGGUUGACUGUCUUUUCGAAAUUUAUCGACAAAGACAAAGUUUUACAUGAGCAGUUUACUAAAGGAUACAAUACAAAUAUAGGCUACUUAGUUGGGUUUGAUACAAUUGCUAGGAUCUUUGAUGAAAAAUAUUACCACCCCUUACAAAUCAGUGAUGUAAUGGAGAGCUUCAUGUCGGGAUGUCAAUUGUAUUGCUUGGCGAGGGGCGAUUGCCACCUCAGUGCUGAAUCGCAAUUAAAAUAUGCUAGUGACAUCCUUGAAGGAAAGUUUGAACCAGUUAUACCAAAAGAAUGGGGGGCUAGGAUUCAUGUCAUGCAAAAUGAUUAUCCAGCGUUAAGAAAUGUUUCAUCAUCUGAGAUUAGAAACAAACUGAAAAAUGGGCAAGUGAAGGUUUUAGAGGACGAGUUACCACCAUGCAUAUAUGAUUAUUUGAUCAAGAAUAAGACAAUAUUUGAUUAA